AUGUCCAAAACAACCACAGAGGAGUAUACGACCCCAGACACGCUGCUCUCAGGCGCCUCAUCUACCACCUCUCUCAACAACGACGACGCAGUCGAGUACUACGAAUCAAAAUCGCGUCCGCAAGCGCAUGCUUCCUCGCCGCCGGCUCUACUGCAUGCAGCGAAAAAUGGAAGUGCGAUGGUGUAUGCCAUCUUUGGCGGCCAGGGAGUGUUAAGCCCCCUGCGCGAGCUCAAAAACCUGUACACACAGAACCCUAGGAUCGUGAAAGGACUCAUUGAACGGGCAUCUGCGCAUCUUCAGCGUCUUCUUGACAAAAAUGCUUCUUUCUCCGUUUAUUACCCUGCCGGACUCAAUAUCAUGUCUUGGAUCCUCGAUCCAGAGCAAGAACCGCUGCCGCAUACGCUCAGCAAAGCCCCCAUCAGUCUCUUGCUGAUCGGGUUGCUGCAGAUUGCCAAUUAUCAUGUCUUGGUUCAUUCACUUGACAUGUAUCCUGGCGAUAUGGGGACUUUCUUUUGCGGCAUUGGCGGCCAUUCUCAGGGGGUGGUGCCAGCGGUUAUGGCGUCUGCCGCCCGCGACUGGGAAUCCCUCGACAGGCUGUCGCUCACUGCACUUACAAUUCUCUUCUACAUAGGCUGCCGGGCACAGUCGCUUUUUGGUCCUGCGCCAAUGGAUCGGGACGUGUUGCAAGAUUGCGAAACCCACGGCGAAGGCGUCCCCUCGUGCAUGCUGCGGGUACAUGGCCUCUCACUCGACGUCCUCACUAAAGUCAUGGACAAGGUCAAUCAUCACCUUCCUGAGUGCAGCAAAGCAGAACUUGCUCUUAUCAAUGGGCCCCACAGCUUUGUUUUAGGUGGCACCCCCAAAACGCUGUCCGCGGUCUCCCGAUGCCUGCGUCGCAAUACGGCCUCGCCUGGCGUAUCGCAAGCACGCGUCCCGUACAGCCAACGCAGACCAGAAGUAACGAUCAGAUUCUUGCCCAUCAGCGUUCCAUUUCAUACUUCGCACCUCUCUACGGCCUGUACGCUGGUGCUUCACGACCUCCGCGAGAUGUAUCUGGCCCGCGCGGAAUUGAAAACUUCCGUCUACGACACCAGCGACGGAUCAGACCUGAAAGACGGCACAGGAAGAGACGUCAUCCCAGACUUGGUGCGCAUGAUCAUGACCCGGCGACUAAACUGGCCAUCCACUGCCCAUUUUGCUGGAGCUACGCACAUAGUCGAUCUUGGACCGGGCAUCCAUGAAGAUGGGAUAGGUGCGUUAACAAAUCGGCUCAAGCAAGGGACUGGUGUGCGCACCAUCAUUUUCGGUCUUAGCAACGCAUCCUCGGCCCCAUCGCCACAAGAAUUUGGUGAUCGAGAGGAGUUGCUCAAUGGAUCUACUGUGAUCCCUGGCCGCGACUGGCGAAAGGAGUACCGGCCGCUUCUCGUUCUCUCCGCCGCUGCGCCGACCAUUAAAAACAAAAUGACCACACUCCUAGGCCUCCCCCCGCUUAUGGUGGCUGGCAUGACCCCUACAACCUCUUCCUGGGAGUUCGUCGCCGCGACCAUGAAUGCAGGGUAUCACAUCGAACUUGCGGCUGGCGGCUUCCAUGACGCUGCAAGCUUCGAGGCUGCAAUUCGCGCCGUCGUCGCCCACACUCCGGCCGGCCGUGGAGUUUCUUGUAACGUCAUCUAUGCCAAUCCCCGCGCUCUCAGCUGGCAGCUCGCCACCAUCCAGAAGCUGCAGGCGAAGCGCCUGCCCAUUGAAGGUCUGACUAUUGGGGCAGGCAUUCCUUCACCUGACACCGUCGAUGGAUACAUCCGCGACAUGCCGCUCCUCAAGCACAUCUCCUUCAAGCCGGGCUCGCUGCAGGCAAUAAGCGAGGUCAUCGCCAUCGCAAAGAUGCACCCGCACUUUCCCAUCAUCCUGCAGUGGACUGGUGGCCGUGGGGGCGGGCAUCACUCGUUCGAAGAUUUCCACGAGCCCAUUCUUCAGAGCUAUCAUCGCAUCCGUGCCUGUGGGAAUAUUGUGCUAGUUGCGGGGAGUGGGUUCGGUGAUGCGGGAGACUCGUAUCCAUAUCUCUCAGGCGAGUGGUCCGUUAAGCUAGGGUCCUCGCCAAUGCCAUUUGACGGCAUUUUGCUUGGCAGCAGGGUGAUGGUUGCACGGGAGACACGUACCAGCGAUGCUGCCAAGGAACUUAUUGUGGCCACACCAGGCGUCGCAGAUGGCGAUUGGGAAGGAACCUAUAGUCAGCCGACCGGUGGUGUCCUGACGGUGAUCUCAGAAAUGGGCGAGCCGAUCCAUAUGAUCGCGACACGGGCAGUGAAACUGUGGUCGGAGUUAGAUCGCAAGUUCUUUUCCGUCGAGGACAAGGCUAUCAGACUGCAGAUGUUGCUCAAAGAGAAGCCACAGAUCAUUGAACGUCUCAAUCGGGACUUUGCAAAGGUCUGGUUUGGUCGCACAGAGUCGGGGACUGUCGUACAACCCGCGGAGAUGACCUACGCGGAGGUGACAGCGCGACUAAUUGACUUAACAUACCUGCGGCCGCGGACAAGAUGGAUCGAUCCUUCGUACUGCGAUCUAGCCUACGAAUUCAUCACUCAUGUGGAAAGUCGCUUUGCACCGCGUACGGAAGGGUUUAGGGUUAUCAAAUCCAUCCAAGAGAUCAGGGAAGACCCGUACGAAGCUCUUGAGCGCUUCAAACUCCAGUACUCCCGACUCGAAUGUCAGCUGCUCAGCCACCAGGACGAAGCUAUCCUCACGAAAAUGUGUCGGAGAAGAGGCCGCAAGCCUGUUCCUUUCAUCAUGGCGUUCGACGACGAAUUCGAGUAUUACUUCAAGAAGGAUUCUUUGUGGCAGUCCGAGGACAUCGACGCAGUGCAGGGUGGGGAUAUUCAGCGAACCUGCGUUCUUCAUGGCCCUGUUGCAGCGCGUUACACACAACGGUCAGAUCAAACGAUCAAAGAACUCCUGGAUGAGGUUUACCACGGGUAUGUCAGCUUCCUGGAACAAUCUGGACCAGUCUGUCUGCAUACCAGCUUGGAAGAGACCGGUGCUUGCGGCAAAGAAAAGCCCAAGCAUGAACAACUUGAAGUCGACGAUGACUGCCUUGCCGAAGAACAAGUGUGGUAUCAGAGACUGGCUGCCGGAAGAUCCUCUUGUUUUCAAGUAGCGGUGCUCUCCCAGACAGUCAUGCGAGACCGCCAGGUAUUGACUAACCCAAUUCAGGCGGUUCUCAAGCCACGAGCAGACAUAAGGAUCGAUGUUGAUGGCUUACCUGACCAAAGUGAAGUAAUCUCCAUCUGGGAGCGUCGCAAUACCGAGGAUGAACGAAAAGUAGCUAAUAUCAGAGUGAGCUCAGCCGGAUUGAUCGACCUUGAGCUGAUAAAUUAUGUGACGGUGACUGGAGAACCAGCUGUGCUCGCGCUACAGUUUGGGCUGGGAAGCACUCAGCAUCCACUGCGAGAUCUCACUGCCAACCUCAACGAGACAGUUCAAAAGCUGUACCACAGAAUCUGGCUUGGUGACGAGCCAUUGCCCUCUCCCUCAGUGUCGAUUUUCUCAGAAUUCGAUGGAGGAGAGUUCGUCGUGACAUCGGCAAGCCUACAGCUAUUCUCAGAGAGCAUUGGAAGCCGCAAACACUGCCAGCAUUAUCACGAUCCGAGGAUAGCGCCACUGGACUAUGCUGUCGUGGUGGCAUGGAAAGCUCUCGUCAAGCCUCUGUUUGUGCUCGAGAUGAACCUACUCUGUCUGGUUCAUCUCCGGAAUUCGUUUGAAUGGAUAAGCCUCAUUCACGAUAAUGAUAUACUGGCAACAAAGUCCCGUGUUUCUUCCCUAGUUGUGCAAGAGUCUGGCACCGUUGUGGAGGUGAAGGCUACUAUAUUCAGAUCUGGCCGGCCAAUUGUGAUUAUAACCAGCCAUUUUAUGCUGCGUGAUGCAAAAAGCAUUCCUCCCAGGAUCAUCCCUUUCAGGACCGUCGAAGAUCAGCCCUACAAAGUAACUCUUGGCAGCGCCAGUGCCGUCGCAGUACUCGAGUCUAAGCCAUGGUUUCAGCAGCAAGAUCGAUCCACUGAGUUGCUUGGGGCAACACUGCUCUUUCGCCCACAAUCACGCUAUCUCUAUGAUGUCAAGGGUAAAGUGACAGAGGUGGAAGUGACCGGUACUGUCCAAUUUGAAAGCAAUGUCCGGCGGGGCCUGGUUCAGAUCGGCGUUAUUCAUUGGCACUCCAUGACACCAAACAACAUUGUCACAGGGUAUCUUACUCGACAUGGCCGUCCUUCACCCUCCCGAGUGCUAUUUGACAGUCCUCUUGAGCUUGCCCUCACACCAGAUACCCUUUUUGCCCCGACGGAUAACUUGAUGUAUGCCUAUGCUUCCAAAGACCUCAAUCCCAUUCAUCUGUCAACGGCAAUGGCGGCGUAUGCCGAGCUACCAGGAACUAUAACCCACGGCAUGAAUAUAAGUGCCCGAGUUCGAGCCCAUCUUUGUGUACAUUUGUGUGUUGGCGAUGAGUCUCUCUUUCACCGGUUUACUAUCUCCUUCACCGACAUGGUGCUUCCAGAUGAGCAGCUGCAGUUGAGCGCCCAGCACAUUGGGAUGGUGGACGGAACUCGGAUCAUCGAAUUCACAGUGCGAGACCAGGCUGGGCGAAAAGUAGUAGCCAAGGGAGAAGCUGAGAUACGUAACGCCUCCACGGCUAUUCUUUUCACUGGCCAGGGUAGUCAGCGCAAGGGCAUGGGCAUGGAACUGCGCCAGUCCAGUGCCGUGGCCCGCAAAGUAUGGGAUCGCGCAGAUGCCUAUUUUCUCAACACAUAUGGAUUUCGCAUCUCGGAUAUUGUCAUCAACAACCCGAAGAAGCUCACCAUUCGCUUUGGCGGUCCGCUGGGACGCAAGAUACGAGACAAUUAUCGGGCCCUUCGAUACCUGGUCCCCGAUGGCGAUACCUUUAAACCGACCCAGAUUUUCCCGGAGCUGGAUCACAACACCACCUCAUACACUUUUUUCUAUGAUGCUGGCUUGCUGUUUGCGACUCAAUUCACCCAACCCGCCCUGACACUGACCGAAGUCGCCAUCUACGAAGAUCUGAAGUCGCGUGGCCUUGUCCCCCCGACGACCACGUUUGCCGGCCACUCACUCGGCGAGUACGCUGCAAUUGCAGCAUGCGGCGGAGUGGUACCUCUGGAAACACUCAUGGCGAUUACUUUCUAUCGCGGAAAUUCCAUGCAAGUCGCUGUGCAGCGCGACUCAGCCGGACGAUCGGCGUUUGCCAUGUGCGCGCUGAAUCCAUCCAGGCUUUCUCAAGAAAUGACCGCGGAUCAGGUGGGCCAGAUUGUGAAGACAGUCUCUCAGAUGACAGGCCUGCUGAUCGAAAUUGUCAAUUACAAUAUCCAUGGGGAGCAGUACGUCUGUGCUGGUGAUGUCCGCGCUCUUCUAUGCCUGACUCGUCUCCUCGACUCCCAGCACCAGUUUCACCCCGACAACAACACAUCCCUCGGCGAGGCCAUCACGCAGAUCGUGCGCUCUAUCCCACAAGCCCCUUUGAGCGUAGAGGACCUGCCCCGUGGCAGGGCAAUGACGCCUCUUUCCGGAAUAGACGUCCCGUUUCAUUCGAGUUUCAUGAAGGACGGGAUCCCUGCAUACCGUCAAUUCCUCUACGACUAUAUUCAGUGUCAGCACGUCGACCCCCAACGACUGAUUAAGCGAUAUGUGCCCAACCUGACGGCACGGCUGUUUGAUAUAGACAGAGCCUAUUUUGAGGUGACCGAGUCUUUGACUGGGUCGCCAGUGUUAAGGAAGGUUCUGGACCAGUGGGAUGAAAUUCAUACGGAGACAAAUAAUGCGACAAGUAUCGUCCAGAUGCUGAAGACGUUUCAGGGGAAGAGUAUGUGA